CUUGGAUGAGACAUCUAUUAAGGGCCUUGCGCCAUCAAUUUCAUCUCUUCAAAACCUUGAGAGUUUGAGUCUAAAGCAAUGCAAGAAGCUUCUUAGCCUUCCAAGCAGCAUUCAUAUGAGAUCUCUUCAAACCCUUAAUCUUUCCGGCUGCUCUGAUCUGUAUAAUUUUUCAGAAAUUCCUGAAGUUAUGAACCUAUCAGAGCUUAAUUUAGAUGAGACUGCAAUUUCAAAGCUGCCCUCGUCCAUCAAAAAUUUUACGGGACUCGUUACCCUGAGCCUGAAGGAUUGCAGAAGAUUACAGAUUCUUCCAGGCAGGUUUCAUAUGAGAUCUCUUCAAGCCCUGAAUGUUUCUGGCUGCUCGAAUCUGUGGAAUUUUCCAGAGUUUCUAAAAGUUACGGAGAACUUAAAAGAGCUUCAUUUAGAUUGGACUCUAGUUGCAGAAGGCCAUAGAUGUAUGAAGUUUUCGGGGAUUGCAAUUGAAGAAUUGCCAUCCAUAAUUUAUAGUCUUAUGGGACUUGCUACCUUGACGCUACGGUAUAACAAAGACUUUGAGAGUCUUACAAGCAGCAUUUGUCAGCUCAAGUCCCUAAAUUAUCUCUCUUUCUGGUUGUACAAAGUUUAAGGUGUUUCCAGACAUAUUAGAAAAUAUGGAAAGAUUAGCCAGCCUUGAUUUGGAUAGCACAUCUAUCAAAGAGCUUCCUGCAUCAAUUGAACGGCUUCAGGGGCUAAUGUCGUUAAAUCUGAAAAACUGCAAAAGCCUGGUCUAUCUUCCGGACAGUAUCUGCAAUUUUUUAAGUCUCGAAUGGCUCACUCUCCAUGGGUGCUCAAAACUUUCGAAGUUGCCUGAAGAUUUAUGGUAUUUGAAGCGCCUUGGCAUAAAGGGAACUGGUAUACAUGGUUACCGCCCAGAACAGCAAUUCAUCAAUUUGGGGGAUUUGGCUCAGUUUCGAAGCACUGCACCUGAGAUUAUUGCCAUGGUCCCAAACAUUGAGCAAAAUGAGGCGGUGGCUGAUGCGGAAGAGAGGCAGGAUAUUGCGGAGUCAAGCUAUGUGGAAGAGAGGCAGGAUAUUGCGGAGUCAAGCUAUGUGGAAGAGAUGCGGCGGCAGGUGGAAGAGAUGCAGCGGCAGGUGGCAAAGCGGCCUGAGUUUUACCCAAGAAAGGCCCGGUUUUUGUUUAAGUUUUAAUCCUAUUUAAACUCAUUUGUUUUCAUUUCCCCCACCGAUGUGGGACUGCCAACAAAUUUCUCAUCACAUUUUGACUGAUCCUGAGGAGUCAAGCUGUUUGGAAGAGAUGAUGCAGCGACAUUUGGAAGAGAUCAGGCAGUGAUGUGGACGUUUGGAAGAGAUGAGGCAGCGAUGUUUAGAGUUUCUUGAGGUAGAUGUAGCAUCUCUCUCUUUAAAAACGAUAAUUUCGCAGCACUUAGGGGUAUUUGGAUCAGUGUCAGAGCACUGCACCUUUGAGUGAUAUGGUGGACUCAAGCUACGGGGAAAAGGAGGCGGUGGCUGUUAAGGCAAUUUUUUGAGUGAUCUCAAGCUGUCAAGACAUGAGGAAGAGAAGAAGGAGAAGGCGGUGGCAGCCUCAAGGAGAGGUGGGAGGAUAUGAGGUAUCUGUGGGUCACGGGGUAAUGGGGAUUGAGGUAUUUGGCGCAUCAUCACUGAUAUAGUAGUAAGACUAAGGGACAUGGGAGAGGGAAGAAAUGGUGAUUUUGUGCGGACAUUCGACUUCUUCUGGAGCAAAACAUGAUCAAACGGACCAAUUUUGGAGUGAUUCAAAUUGGAGGACGUUCGUGUGUCUCCUGGCUUAUUCGUGUCAAAAUUUGGGAUGUUUCUACCAAACGGUUAUUUUCUGGUGAUUAAAUAAAGAAGCUGUGCGCGUUGCUGGAAAGUGACGUUUCUGGGUUUGAAUUGCGUUUUUGGAGCCCAAGAUGACCUCAUAUGGGUUCGUGGCCUUCUGGAGAAGUGUUCAAAAUAGUUCGAACUUUAAAUCCAGCUACUUUGGGCCAGUUUUGGAGUUGAUUUGGGUCCAAAACGUGGCUGUGCAGAUUUCUAGGCGAAUUUACCAAAUUAAUUUAGGAUUAUGUUUCCUAUUUUAUUUCAAGUUUUUAGGUUUCCUAGUUUGACUCUAAGACCCUUAACUAGGAGGAUUUUAAGGAGAGUUGUAUAAAUAAGCCUUUUGGCAAACCUAGAGAGGGGGGGGGGGGGGGGUUGAACAUAUGCAAUUUUUGAGAGAAUAGUUUGGCUAAAGCUUGAGAUUUAAGACUUAUACUUUCAGGUGUUUUCAUCAUUUUUUCUAAUUUAAUACAAUUUUGUUGAUUUUAUUUA